AUGUCUCAAAUCGAAAAACUUGUUUCGGUAAAAGGAAAACCAAUGAUCCUUUAUGAAGGAUAUAUCUACACAGUAGAACGCACUUCAACAACAAAAUUAAUUAUGCGAUGUCAAAAUCGAGAUUGUAAAGCUCGUUGUCACACCAAUUUAUCCAUGGACGCAUUCAUUUCUCCACCAACAUCACACUCCCAUGCUCCACAACCUGAUCGUGUUCCAGUUGUUCAAUUAAAAAAUGAAAUUAAAGCUCGUGCCACAACAACAGAUGAAUCAACAAGUACAAUUCUUCAUUCAGCUUUACGUACAUUUCCACUCAGUGCUGCUGGUGAACUUCCACGAAAUGAAUCUCUUAUGUUAAUGAUACGACGACAACGUACUGUUGGAAAAGUUGAUGCUGAUGGUCGUUUACCAGAAAAAUUAAGAAAGACAUAUCGCGAUGAAGAUUUUAUUUUGCAUGAAGAUGAAAAUUUGAUUAUCUUUACAACAAAAACGAACUUAUCCAUCUUAAAGCGCCACAAACAUUGGUUUGCUGAUGGAACAUUCAAAGUAAGUGAUCAAUUAAGUGUAUCUUUUUUUUCUCAUUUCUUUGAUGCAGGUAUGUCCAGACGAUUAUUACCAAUUAUUUACAUUGCAUGCAAUGAUGAACAAUGCAGUUAUUCCUCUCGUCUAUGGCUUAUUGAUUGGUAA